GGCGAGGGGAGAGCACCGGCACCCUUUCCAAAAGUGCCCCGGAAGUGCCUCCGCCCUCAGUAAAGAUGGCCGUAGCACUUGGCAAGUGGGAGGCGGGGCUGCGCCUGCGCCACAAGUUCGGCGGGGAAGAUGGCGGAUGACAAGGAUUCUCUGCCCAAGCUUAAGGACCUGGCAUUUCUAAAGAACCAGCUGGAACGCCUGCAGCAGCGUGUAGAAGACGAAGUCAGCAGUGGUGUGAGCCAGGAUGGCUCGCUCAUGUCCUCCCCAUUCCUCAAGGGCUUCUUAGCCGGCUAUGUGGUGGCCAAACUGAGGGCAUCCGCAGUAUUGGGCUUUGCUGUGGGUACCUGCACUGGCAUCUACGCAGCUCAAGCAUAUGCCGUGCCCAAUGUGGAGAAGACAUUGAGGGACUAUCUUCGGUCAUUGCGAAAGGGGCCUGACUAGCUCUGGAUCCCAUGGGGGAGGAAGGAUGAGCACCUCAGGCCUGCAGGUAGAGGUCUUUCAACCACAGAUG